AUGAAGCGUUCCUUAAUAUCCAGUACUUACCUCGAAGGAGUAUCAUCAGCUGUAUUGUUGCUGUUGGUUUCUUUCACAUGUUGUUUAUUUGCUACAACACUUAAUGCAGCUGUUUUGCCAAAUAGACAAUACAAAGUUGAUGCGCAAGGAUCUAGAAGGGCUCCCUUCUCUGCAACACAUAAUGAUUAUGCUCAACCAAUUACUCCAGUAGUCAGUACCUUUGAAUACACACCCAUGGCUAUGAUUUAUCACAGUGGAUGGAACAGGUUCUUGUUGGGUACUCUUAAACUUGAGCCUCAUCCAGGAUUUGCCACUGAGACCUUCUUUUCUGGAAUGAUCACUGUUGACGCUCUAACUGGAAAGGUUGCGAAUGGGGGAUUUCAAUUGGAGAAGGGAUAUUCUCUUUCGGCUCCUGUCUUGUUGAGUACUAAGGGGUAUUUAUAUGUUCCUUUAUGUUUUAAGUAUUGCUUCGUGAGCAUUGUUAAUACUUUGGAUUGGUCCCUUUCUUGGUCCAAUGUUGAAUCACAUGCAACUUCAGUUCUUGUUGAAAGUGUCAAAUGUUACAUUUAUCUUCAACAAAAGAGUAUGAAAUGUUUAGAUAUGGAUAAUCUUGCCACAGUCAAGUGGACAAUAACUAUUCCUGAAUAUAGUUAUAGUACUGGUUCCCUUUUGUUGGUGAAUGAAAAUAAUGAGGAAAUUGUCUAUUAUAACGGUGUAAAGAGUAUUUCAAAAGUGUCUCCAAAACAAGCCAAAAUUCUUACAACAGUUGAACCUGGAUAUGUUCAAUCAAUAGCACAUACUGGAUUAUCAUCUUUUGUGGUAGCAAUUGUUAAAACACAAGAUGGUUUAGAUGCAUUCGGUAUUGUUCAUGUUGAUUCUGGAAAAUCCAGUUUUUCAAAUGGUAUUGGAACACUAACAACAUAUUUAUACCCAUCAGUAACAUGUAUUGAAAAUCCUCAACCUAAUACUUACAUUUUCAAAUCGUUAGCUUAUUUGACAGUUCCUGUCAAUGGAUCACCUACUAAAAUACUGUACCACUUCUCAACAACUGUAACCAUUGCAAAGGAUGGUGUUGUUUCGAUUGCAACACCACAAUUAUUCAAACUUAAUGAAUUGAAAUCUAAAACAGUUUCAUUUGCAUCUGUUUCAAAAGAUAAUUGUCAAGUUGUUUUAUACAGAAAUGGAAUGUAUAGCAAGUUGGAUCUUCACUCUGGAACCUUUAUGAUGAAUGUUGGAUCUGUAACUAAAGGCGAGUCAUUUAAUGAUUUAAUGUUAGGUGCUGAUAAUGGAAGAGUUUAUACCAUUGUUGGAAAUGCUAAAACAUAUCUUGAAUCUAUUAUAUUAAACUAG